GCAAUGCUUCAGGUUGGGAACUAAUACCUCAGAGGCAGCUGGUGUGAACAUGCACACACGGAUUCAGCUCCCAGUGGCACAGCAGCUACUAGGAAAAUUAUUUUGAAAAGACCUGACUGAAUGCCGCAGGCUAAAGUUAAGGUGGAAGGGAGGACAGAAAAGCAAAGAGCAGACUCUUUCAACUGAGAAUGAGUAUUUCAGAAGCCUAAGAUUUUACAAUGAAGGUGAUCAGAGCCAUUCCUGGGAGACAGUAAAAACUCCAUUUCCAGCCUUGGAGCAUGUGACAUUUACUCACAACAGGCAUGCCAAUUUCAGCCUCAGAACUUUCGGGCAGACAAAGGCGUGGAGAAAAGCACUGAGGCUACCUGACCCGAGAGAUCGAAUCAAUUCCGAGAGGAUCUGAAUCCACCUGGUGCAGGAUGAACUCCACUCAUCACCAUGGAAUGCACACUUCUCUCCACUUCUGGAACCGCAGCACCUACGGACCGCACAGCAAUGCCAGUGAGUCCCUUGGAAAAGGCUACUCUGAUGGAGGGUGUUAUGAGCAACUUUUCGUCUCCCCCGAGGUGUUCGUGACUCUGGGUGUCAUAAGCUUGUUGGAGAAUAUUCUGGUGAUUGUGGCAAUAGCCAAGAACAAAAACCUGCAUUCGCCCAUGUACUUUUUCAUCUGCAGCCUGGCCGUGGCUGAUAUGUUGGUGAGCGUGUCAAACGGAUCCGAAACCAUUGUCAUCACCCUAUUAAACAGUACAGAUACGGACGCGCAGAGUUUCACCGUGAAUAUUGAUAAUGUCAUUGACUCGGUGAUCUGUAGCUCCUUGCUUGCAUCCAUUUGCAGUCUGCUCUCAAUUGCAGUGGACAGGUACUUUACUAUCUUUUAUGCUCUCCAGUACCAUAACAUCAUGACGGUCAGGCGGGUUGGGAUCAUCCUAAGUUGUAUCUGGGCAGCUUGCACGGUUUCGGGCGUUUUGUUCAUCAUCUACUCAGACAGCAGUGCUGUCAUCAUCUGCCUCAUCACCAUGUUCUUCACCAUGCUGGCUCUCAUGGCCUCUCUCUAUGUCCACAUGUUCCUCAUGGCCAGACUGCACAUUAAGAGAAUUGCUGUCCUCCCGGGCACUGGCACCAUCCGCCAAGGGGCCAACAUGAAGGGUGCAAUUACCCUGACCAUACUGAUUGGGGUCUUUGUUGUCUGCUGGGCCCCGUUCUUCCUCCACUUAAUAUUCUACAUCUCUUGUCCCCAGAAUCCUUACUGUGUGUGCUUCAUGUCUCACUUUAACCUGUAUCUCAUACUGAUCAUGUGUAAUUCCAUCAUCGACCCUCUAAUUUAUGCACUCCGGAGCCAAGAACUAAGGAAAACCUUCAAAGAGAUCAUCUGUUGCUAUCCUCUAGGCGGCCUCUGUGAUUUGUCUAGCAGAUACUAACUGUGCAGAUAGAAACGUGCAUAAGAGACUUCUUCAUUCUUACAGAACCGGAACGUUGUGCUUUGAUGACCCUUUUUUCCUCUGUGUAAGGCAUGGGUUGAGACUAUCUGUUGUAUAAAUUUAAGUUUAUGACUUUUUUUGGAAUGGAAACAAUGCCCAGUCUCUGUACAUUUCUAAUGCCUUGCUACUUUUUGGCUGUACAAUGUUAAUCCAUAUUAUAGGUUGUAGGCACUAUGAAUGUAUAAAGAAAAAAAAAAAACCUCUUAUUAAAAGCAUAAGAAUGUUUCUUGUUACUCACAAGGAUUUGACACUUUGCUUGUUUUAGUAACACAGAAAUCACAGAAUCAUUAAAUAUACUCUAACAAAUGGCUUCUUACAUUACACUAUCUAACACUGAAAUGUAGAGAUUUGAUUGUAGCAUUUGGGGGUAAAUAUUGAAGGAUAGAUGCUUAGUCAAUAAAAAAAAAAAACCCUGAAAUUUCAAAUAAUAAGACGUGUUCAUUCUCCUUGUACAGAGCAGAAACAAAGCUCCUAUUGAGAGAAAAACAGCUUAAAAAAACAAAAAACAAACAAACAAACAAAAACCCUGAGAUCUUGAGCCAGAAAACUAGGUCUGUUUCUCAAAGACAAAGAGAUUAAUCAAUUUGCCCAAGCAAACAGUCUGAUAUUCCACAAAGGCAAUUCAGUCUGGGGUAGAGGGAGACAGCAGUUAUAGGGAUUAAAGUAGUCUAGAAAAUCUAAGUGAACAUGUCAAGCUACACUUCCUGAUACCAGACCAUUUUCAACCAUCAUUAGGAAAAACAGAGAAUAAGGUCUUUCUAUCCCUUUAACCAGGGACCCAGCGUCUGCUGAAAUGUCCAGAAAACAGUGGUGCUGCACUGAGGGAUCUGGCUUCCAAUCUCUAAAGAACUACAUGCUCAGUAUUGAGUUCUUCUACUUUUCACCUGAAAGGGACUGGCUGUUUACUUAUUGCUUAUUUUCUGUACUGGAGUUUAAGUACUCAUUAUCAAGGAUUUUAACUUGAAAAACCAAACCUAUAGCACAAAUAUAUCCAUAUAAUAUUUGUAAAGAUCUAGAAUAAGGGAACCACUAAUGCUGAUGGGUGAUGAGCAGGAAAGAAGGCACUACCUGAAUCCCAGAGGACGUCGUAACAUAAACCAGAACCUGUACUUUCCAAUUCACGAACGCUUUAAAAGUAAGAGAGAGAAAAUACAUUAGGCUGAGGAUUACCAGUAAAUUAUCCUUUGCUUUCAUUUAAAGUGUCUUCAAAUGCUCACAGGCAGAGAGCACAUGCAAAGGUGUUUCUGAAUUCAAAUAUAAAGGUUUUACAUAUUGACAAGUCCCGAGAAACCUUCAGCAUUCACGUGGAAACAUUAGAAUGGUGAGGUUCAAGUUUACACCUGAAAGGUGGCAAGGAAGCUUGACUGACUAUGGCUCCUCUAUUUGGAUGCAAAAAUACAUGUGAGGACUUAAACACAGACUGAUCCGACAGUCAGAACCCAAAGCUGUAGCAGAACACAGAUAAUGUUUUUGUCUUUGCUGCUAUUCCUGUCCAUUCUUUCACAUAGUGAGUUUGAAAGAUCCCAGGGACUGGAGACACGGAACGGAGAGCUCUAAGUACGCCCAUCCCGCGCGGUGGCUGUCCUUCCAGUCGAUUCUCUCCCUUCAAGUGUCAUCUCAAAUGCUGCUUUGUCCACUGAGAACCACGCCCCAACCCUUCUUCCACUGGCAGGAAAUCUGGCUCCUUUGUCUCCACUUCUGUAUCUCCUCUUGGGGCAGUUGGGAUGAGGGUUAGUCAUGAACCUCCCCCUCCAGACUUCUCUACACACCCAGGGCACAGUAGGCUUCCAUUUCUUCAAGUGCUAAGACAGAGUCUUACUCAUUUUUCCUGUUUUCCAAACAUGCCUCUAUCAUUUUACUCCCUCUUUCUCCAGUAAAACCAAGAUUUUCCCAGAGGGACAUAUCGUCACCACCCAAAGUCCAGAGUUCACAUUAGAGUCCCCUCAUGGUGUGGUAUAUUUUAUGCGUUUUGACAAAUGUAUAAUGAAAUGCAUCCACCAUUACAUUACAGAAUACAGCAUUACUACAGAAUAGCGUCACUGGGCAUUGAGGAGGGCAUCUGUUGGGAUGAGCACUGGGUGUUGUAUGGAAACCAAUUUGACAAUAAAUUAUGUAUAAAAAAAUCCUCUAAUGCUCUGUCUAUUCAUCCCUCCUUUCCCUUAACCCCUGGCAACCAAUGAUCCUCGUACUGCCUCCAUAGAUUUGUCUUUUCCAGAAUGCCUUAUAUUUGGAAUCAUACGGUAUGUAACCUUCUCAGAUUGUCUUCUUUCACUUGGUAAUAUGCAUUUAAGAUUCCUUCAUGUCUUCAUGGUUUGAUUGCUCAUUUCUUUCUGUGCUGAUUAAUAUUCAAUUGUAUGGAUGUAAUACAGUUUAUUUAUCCAUUUAUCUACUGAAGAACAUCUUGGUUGCUUCCAAAUUUUGGCAAUUAUGAAUAAAGCUGCUAUAAACA